CUUAUUUCGGUGAUUCUUGGCUGUGAUAAAAAUCUUAUUUGAAAAUGGAAGCCCUUCCCGAUGAAAAUACAUUAAAGCCUAUUGAACCUGUGUCUGAUAACAUCGAAGAGCAGUUGGAGAAACUUCGUAACCGAGAAUUACUGCCUGCUAGCGUGCUAAUCGAAUUAUGUGAUAAAGCCAAGGAAAUCAUUCGAAAGGAAGACAAUAUUCAAGUUGUCAGAUGUCCCGUAACAGUGUGUGGGGAUAUCCACGGCCAGUUCUAUGACUUUAUGGAACUCUUCAGAAUUGGUGGCGAUCUUCCUGACACGAACUAUUUGUUUAUGGGUGAUUAUGUUGAUCGUGGUUAUUACUCUCUGGAGACUGCAGCUUUGCUCAUUGCACUGAAGGUUCGAUGGCCUGAUCGCGUGGUGGUCUUGCGUGGAAAUCAUGAAAGCCGUCAGAUCACCCAGGUCUACGGUUUUUACGACGAAUGUGUGCGCAAGUACGGAAAUGCCGAUGUUUGGAAGGCGUUUACCGAUCUUUUCGAUUACCUCCCGAUCACUGCUCUCAUCGAAGGCCGCAUUUUUGCUCUCCAUGGUGGAUUGUCACCAUCAUUAGACACACUGGACCAAGUUCGUAAACUCGAUCGUGUUCGUGAAACUCCCCAUGAAGGAGCGAUCUCCGACUUAGUGUGGUCCGAUCCAGACGAUCGUGUUGGCUAUGGAGUUUCAUCACGAGGCGCUGGUUACACUUUUGGCCGAGACGUAACUACCAAAUUUUGUCAUACCAAUAAUCUGGACUUCAUCUCGCGUGCUCACCAGAUGUGUGAAGCGGGCUAUUUAUGGGGACAUGAUAAUCGUAUCUGUACUAUCUUUUCUGCGCCUAAUUAUUGCUACCGAUGUGGAAACCAGGCAGCGAUUAUGGAGGUGAGUGAAAAUAUGCAAAAGUCCUUUACACAAUUCGACCCGGCACCGCGUGACGAAAAGUUCAAUUUGGUGAGAAAGGUUCCUGAUUAUUUCCUUUAGGCUUUGU